CCAAAUUAGCGUUAGCUCGGCUGCUCAUUCGGCUAAUUGUUAUCCAAGUUAACACAGCCCGAUUUCAGUAGAUAAUAGUAAAAUAGCAUGUCGUUGCACUAAUGUUAAAGUUCGCCUCUAACCAGUAACGCUGGCUACUCUAAGCACUGCUGUCAGCUCGUGUUUGCAUUGCUCCACCAUCGCUAAUUGGCUCUUCUGUUAUGGUGAUUUGUGGAUUCACGGGUGCUGAGUGCUCACAUCUUGAAGCAACAUGGGAGAGCUCUUCAGAAGUGAAGAGAUGACGCUGGCUCAGCUCUUCCUCCAGUCGGAAGCUGCCUACUGUUGUGUCAGUGAACUGGGAGAGAUUGGGAUGGUCCAGUUUCGUGACCUGAAUCCUGAUGUGAAUGUGUUCCAGAGAAAGUUUGUCAAUGAAGUACGACGAUGUGAGGAGAUGGAUCGUAAACUCAGGUUUGUGGAAAAAGAAAUUAAGAAGGCUAACAUCCCAAUACUCGAUACAGGAGAGAACCCAGAAGUUCCUUUUCCAAGGGACAUGAUUGACUUGGAGGCCACAUUUGAGAAACUGGAGAAUGAACUGAAGGAAAUAAACACCAACCAAGAAGCGCUAAAGAAGAACUUCCUGGAACUGACCGAGCUCAAGCACAUUCUGCGUCGCACACAACAAUUUUUUGAUGAGAUGGAGGAUCCCAGUUUACUUGAGGAGUCAUCCAUUCUCCUGGACCCAAAUGAGCCCGUUAGAGUGGCUCCACUCAGGCUAGGAUUUGUUGCUGGAGUCAUUGGCAGGGAGCGGAUUCCCAACUUUGAGAGGAUGCUAUGGAGAGUUUGCAGAGGUAAUGUGUUCCUGAGACAGGCAGAUAUUGAAGAUCCUUUGGAAGACCCAACUACGGGUGAUCAAGUCCACAAAUCUGUCUUCAUCAUAUUUUUCCAAGGAGACCAGCUGAAGAAUCGAGUGAAGAAAAUCUGUGAGGGAUUCAGAGCGACACUGUACCCAUGUCCAGAAACCCCACAGGAGAGGAAAGAGAUGCUUGCUGGGGUGAAUGCUCGCAUUGAUGACCUGCAAAUGGUGCUUAACCAGACUGAGGACCACAGGCAGAGGGUCCUGCAGGCUGCAGCCAAGACAAUAAGAGUUUGGUUUAUCAAGGUGAGGAAGAUGAAGGCCAUCUACCACACCCUCAACCUGUGCAACAUCGAUGUCACUCAGAAGUGUCUGAUUGCUGAGGUGUGGUGUCCCAUCUCAGACCUGGACUCCAUUCAGUUUGCCCUGCGUAGGGGGACGGAGAAGAGCGGCUCUACUGUGCCUUCAAUCCUCAAUAGAAUGCAGACCAAACAGACCCCUCCAACCUACAACAAGACAAACAAGUUCACCUCAGGCUUCCAAAACAUUGUGGACGCUUAUGGAAUUGGCAGCUACCGUGAGAUUAACCCAGCACCAUACACCAUCAUUACGUUCCCCUUCCUAUUUGCGGUUAUGUUUGGUGAUCUGGGCCAUGGGACACUCAUGACCUGUGCUGCUCUAUACCUUGUGUUAAGAGAAAGCAGACUGAUGGCGCAGAAGAAUGAUAAUGAGAUAUUCAACAUGAUGUUUGGGGGGCGCUACAUAAUUCUGCUGAUGGGAGUCUUCUCAAUGUACACUGGCAUUAUUUACAAUGACUGCUUCUCAAAGUCCCUAAAUGUGUUUGGGUCUGGAUGGAGUGUCAGACCAAUGUUCAAUUCCAGAGCUGGAGGCAACUGGACGGAUGGUACACUUAAUAGCAGUACAGUUUUGCAGUUGGACCCAGCAGUUGAUGGAGUCUUCAAUGGGCCGUACCCCAUUGGCAUUGAUCCAAUAUGGAGCAUUUCUGUCAACAAGCUGUCAUUCCUCAACUCCUUCAAGAUGAAGAUGUCUGUUAUCCUGGGGGUAAUUCACAUGCUGUUUGGAGUCACGCUAAGUCUCUUCAACCACCUGUAUUUCAACAAGCCCCUGAAUAUUUACUUGGGUUUCAUUCCAGAGAUUAUCUUCAUGGCCAGCCUGUUUGGCUACCUAGUCAUUCUGAUCUUUUAUAAGUGGGUCUCCUAUGGUGCACACACUUCCAGGGAUGCUCCCAGUCUCCUUAUUGCCUUUAUUAACAUGUUCCUGUUCAAUUACAAUGACCCCAAUAAUAAACUAUUCUACAGAGGACAGAUGGCCAUACAAUCCCUUUUGGUGGUAAUCGCCUUGGCAUGUGUCCCCUGUAUGUUAAUAGUAAAAACUCUGGUUAUGCGAAGACAGUAUUUGUGGCGGAAGCAUCUGGGUACACAGAACUUUGGAGGAAUCAGGGUGGGCAAUGGGCCCACUGAGGAUGAGGCUGAAAUCAUCCAGCAUGACCAGCUCGCACAGCAAUCUGAGGAUGAACCUGAGCGUUGCCUUUUGUCACCUGCUUUCAAGGCCUGUGAGGAGGAAGAGUUUAACUUUGCGGAUGUAGCAGUGCAUCAGGCCAUUCACACCAUAGAGUAUUGCCUGGGUUGUAUCUCCAACACUGCUUCCUAUCUGAGGCUUUGGGCCCUCAGUCUGGCUCAUGCACAGCUGUCAGAGGUGCUGUGGUCCAUGGUGAUGCGCAUAGGCCUUUAUUCUCGCAGCCUUGGAGGCUUCAUCCUUCUGGCCAUAGUAUUUUACGUCUUCGCUGUUCUCACAGUUGUUAUUCUUCUCAUUAUGGAAGGGCUGUCAGCGUUUCUGCACGCAUUGCGACUGCAUUGGGUGGAGUUCCAAAACAAGUUUUACUCAGGCAACGGCUUUAAGUUCCUACCUUUCAACUUUGAAAGCAUCCUGGACGGCGGAGCUGAAGACUGAACAAAUCCUCUUCCUCUGUUCAUGCCUCUAAUCUGUUGAAUUUGUGUGGUGGUGAAUAGUGAUAUUUUUUUGUGUGAUGCAGUUUCCACCUACUUGUUACCAUAGCUACAUAACUACUACAUACUAUUUACUUAGUCACUCGUCAUCGUGUCUUGUGUUUUAAACUUCCCACUAGAAUUGGUAUCUGGAAUAUGUAUUCAAACAUAACUAUUUAUUCAUUCCUUAAUAGCCUUGAUUCUAAUCUGUUGUCUUCUUUUAGUCGGGCCUUUUUAUUUUAUCUGUUUUAUUUAGUUAAAUGUUAUUUAUGCAUUUGUUGUUUUGUUUUUAUUUUUUUUAUUUUUUUUCUCCCUUUAUUGCACUGCAACUUAUGUACCAUAUACACCAUGUUUAAAGUUCAUAUCUGCUGCUGAUGGAUUUAGGGGAUGACAGACUUGUUUUCUGAUUUUCUUGUAUGUCUUCGAAUUGUUAUAUUCAAAUUUUCUUUGCUUUUCAGAAUCAUUUCUCAGUCAAAACCUUGUGCACUGCACAGCUCAUCUAUUUGGUUUAAUAAGAAAGAAAAUGCAUACUAACCUCACACAGAGCUCUAUAGCUCUGAAGGGAAUGUUAACCAGUUCUUUGCAAAUGAAAAGACUUUUUCAUCCAUUUGAGCCAUUGAUAUGUUUUGUCUCUGUUCUCUCUGACGAUCUACGUGACAACAGGGGAAUCUAUAGGUGUCCUAGUAGGUGGAUUUUCUGUAGAAAUGUUGCACUGAAAUCAUUGCACAUUAUCAGUCUCACUUUUGAUUUUGGGUCCUGUAUUAUGUUUUCAUUUAUGCUCAGUUUUUUUUGAUUUGACACAGUUAGAAAGCAGUAAGAACCACAUACAGCAGACAUGAUCUUGUCAGAAAGGAUUAAGCAUCACAUGAACAAUAAAGUGGGAAAGGCUUUAAAA